AUGACAACACGAACCAACGAACCACCGCAACAACCACCGCAACAAAACGGCGGUGAGCGGAGACAAAGACCACUACCACCACCACCACAACAACAACAACACUCAAACGGUUACAUGCAUCAACAACACCACCCUCAAUACUACCCUCAAACCCCCUCCCGCUCCUCCUCCUCCGCCUCCCUAAAAGGCUGCUGUUGCUGCCUCUUCCUCCUCCUCUCCUUCCUCGCCCUCCUCGUCCUCGCCAUCGUCCUCAUCAUCCUCCUCGCCGUCAAACCGAAAAAACCACAAUUCGAUCUUCAACAAGUAGGCGUACAAUACAUGGGAAUAACCCCCAACAACCCUAGCGGAACCACCGCUUCACUAUCCCUAACCAUCCGUCUGUUAUUCACGGCGGUUAAUCCUAAUAAGGUAGGAAUCAAGUACGGAGAGUCCAGGUUUACCGUGAUGUACCGCGGAAUUCCGUUGGGAAAAGCUUCGGUUCCUGGAUUUUAUCAAGAUGCGCACAGUGUAAGACAAGUUGUGGCUACGAUUGGGGUUGAUAGGGUUAAUUUGUUACAAGCUGAUGCUGCUGAUUUGAUUAGAGAUGCUUCGUUGAAUGAUCGGGUCGAACUUCGGGUUCUGGGUGAUGUUGGUGCUAAGAUCCGGGUCAUGAAUUUUGAUUCACCUGGUGUUCAGGUUUCGGUGGAUUGUGCAAUAGCAAUAAGUCCAAGAAAGCAAUCUCUCACUUACAAGCAGUGUGGAUUCGAUGGAUUGAGUGUUUAA